AUGGGGAGGGGGGCUAGCUGUCUGGAAGAAGCGGCUGAGUCCGCACCCCUCUGCUCCCGCACCCCCACCCACUCUGUCUUAAAGCCCCGCGGGGAGCAGGUGGCGGUCGGGGUAGCCAAGCUGAGGAGCGCCGCCGCCGCGCAGCAGCAGCAGCCGGGCGCCCAGGGAGGAGAUGAGAGCUGGAGCGGCGCCGCCGGCACCAUGCGCCGCCCGCCUCCGCUGCCCCUGGCCGCACUCUGCCUCUUGGCGUUGCCAGCAGCCGUCGUCGCCUACUUCGGCCUGACAGGAAGAGAAGCUCUAACUCCUUUCCCUGGACUGGGUUCAGCCACGGCUCCCCUGCAAAGCAGAGCCCACCUGAAACAGUGUGACCUGUUAAAACUUUCCCGCAAGCAAAAGCAAUUAUGUCGGCGAGAGCCAGGCCUAGCUGAGACCCUGUACGAUGCUGUGCACCUGGGUGUCCUUGAGUGCCAGGCCCAAUUCCGCCAUGAGCGCUGGAACUGUAGUCUGGAGGGGAGAACAGCGCUCCUAAAAAGAGGUUUCAAGGAGACCGCCUUCCUCUACGCAGUGUCCUCAGCAGCCCUCACCCAUGCGUUGGCCCGGGCCUGCAGCGCGGGCCGAAUGGAACGCUGCACCUGUGAUGACUCCCCUGACCUGGAGAACCGCCAAGCCUGGCAGUGGGGUGUGUGUGGGGACAACCUCAAAUACAGCACCAAAUUCCUCAGCAACUUCCUGGGGCCCAAGAAGGGAAGCAAGGACCUUCGCGCCCGGAUGGAUGCUCACAAUACCAACAUGGGCAUCAAGGCUGUGAGGAACGGUCUUAAGACUACAUGCAAAUGUCACGGUGUCUCGGGCUCCUGCGCCGUUCGGACCUGCUGGAAGCAGCUCUCCCCGUUCCGGGAGACGGGCCAGCUACUAAAGCUCCGCUAUGACUCUGCCGUCAAGGUCUCCAGCACCAGCAACGAGGCCUUGGGGCGCCUGGAGCUGUGGGCCCCCCCGCGGCCCGGGCACCCGGUGAAGGGCACAGCCCCGAGGCCCGGAGACCUGGUGUACAUCGACGACUCCCCCAGCUUCUGCCGGCCCAGCAAGUACUCUCCGGGCACGGCCGGGCGCACUUGCUCCCGGGAGGCCAGCUGCGACAGCCUGUGCUGCGGCCGGGGCCACAACACCCAGAGCCGACUUGUGGCCUUCUCCUGCCACUGCCAUGUGCAGUGGUGCUGCUAUGUGGAGUGCCAGCAGUGUGUGCAGGAGGAGCUGGCCUACACCUGCAAGCAGUAGGCCUGGGUUCCCCUCCCGAGCGUGUCAGGGAUCGGAGACGCUCCUUCUGGCCCGGCUUCCGCCCCUGCUAAGGGCGGGCACCUGGAUGGACUCUUGCUCGCUCUGACACCUUCCUGCUGCUUUCUACCUUGGCUCCUUCCCCUUCCUGCCCAAAACUUGUCAAGGAGAAGGGAGGAGACGCAGGACCCACUGUGUGUGAGUGUCCCUGAUGUGCCAAAGGAUCCCAGGAGGUUGGAGGACCAGAGAAAAAGGGGGUGUAGGACAGGGGUGACCAGGAGGAUGCUGAGGAGUCUAUCUAGGAUGAAUGAGGUUUGGGAGCUCGAGCAGUCAGGAGGAAUCCCCAAAGAGAAAUGAGUAAAAUUCACAGAGGGAAGAGUUUAGCUGUAUUAAAUACAAGAUGCAAAGAUAGGACUUCGUGGACAUAAACACUGGGAAUCCACAGAAGCUGACAGUCAGUUACAAAUACCUGGGCCCUGGGAAAAAAUAUUCCAUAUAAAGAGAAGAAUUCCUGACACUUAGAACUGUCCAUAAGUGGCUACCUUAGAAAGGGAGUGUCCUGUCAAGGGCAAGGUAAAUGACUACUUGCCAGUGAUAUUGUAGAAAGUGAAUGUUCCUAUUCAGGAUUAGAUGACCUCUAAAAUUCAGUCCAGCUAUGAGAAAAUGUCAUCCUGAUAUUUUCAGUCAGGAAAUUUAGACCAGUAAAGUCAGGAAUUUUUAAUUCUAUAAUGAGAAAGGAAAGGAAGCCAGUUGCUAUUAGGAGGGAAAGGAGAGCUUGGCUAGGGUGAGUCAACAGCUUUUUCUAAUAUUAUUAGCUGGGUUUGCAAUGAUGUUAUACUGCUGAGACAGGGUGUCCUUGCCAAGGAUCUGGUUUGAUCUUUUAUAAUAAUACCCAAAUGGUAGUAAGGAGAGAGACCUGGAUAAUAGGAGUUGCCUUUAACAAUUUUCAAACUGGAAAUCACCUGCACAAAGAAAUUCUAAUUUUUUUAAAAAGUUGAUUCCUAUAUACUUCCUCUGAUCUACUGCCCCAUUUCACAAACACUCCAAAGAAGAUAAAUACCCCAGUGGCCACCCAUCUGGUGGCCAUCAUGAAUAGUGGCACUUUUGGGGUAUGUGAUGAGAAACUAUGGGUAGUUAUUUUUUGUGAGAUAUUGUUUUUAGAAGUUAUAGAUUUAGAUCUGGAGAUGACCUGAAAUAUCCUCUAGCCCAACUUCCUCAUUUUAAAGAUGAGAAAACUGAAUCCCAGAG